UAAGGUCUUUUGGAAAAUACAUAAAUACAUACCUUACACGUGUUGAAAAUACAAAUACAUGAGACAAUUGUAAGAUUUCUGUAGCUCUCUCAAAGCACACAGAAAGAUAAUGAUAUGAUAAAUGAAUAGCAGACAUAUGAGGUCUUUAAGUUGAUAUACGGCGAUAUUUAAAAGUAAAAUAGUCUCUGUCUACCAAUGAGCCAGAAUGGAGGUCGUGAUACGUUCUGUGAAAGUAAUCUCAAGUGUCCAGAAGGUUUAUCGUAUUGGGCUUCGCAGGAGUCAUACAAAGCCCAGUAAUUUGAGUUACAUUCACAAUAUCGGUAAGCAUCCACUGGUGUACAGGACCAUUGGCCAGGAGCUGGCCAGAGUGGCGGAUGAGUGUGGUGAUCGCGAGGCCAUCGUGAGCGUUGACGAGCAAAAGAGACUCACUUUCGCACAGAUAAGAAGCGAAGCUGAUCGCCUGGCGGCGGGAUUCCAGACACUCGGCUUGGCCAGGGGCGAUCGAGUGGGAAUCUGGGCACCCAACGUCAUUUCCUGGCCGGUGGUGAUGUUCGCGGCUGCGCGCGCCGGAAUCAUUCUCGUGGCUCUCAAUCCGGCCUACGAAGCCGCUGAAAUGCAAUUUUGUCUGCAAAAGGUGGGCAUCAAGACUUUAGUCACAUCAGAGAGCUUCCGCUCGCAAAGCUACCACGAGAAGCUCUUAAAAAUUGUACCCGAACUUGAAAAAUCCUCCGGGAAGAUUCACAGCUCAAAAUUUCCCAGCCUAUCCAGCAUAAUAAUAGAUUCUGAGAAGCACUUUCCAGGAACUCUCAGACUUUGCGAUGUUACAGACAUGGCAACGGCCACUCAAAUCAGCGCGAUCGAGGAUCAGCAGAAACAGAUCAGUCCAGAUACUGGAUGCAAUAUUCAAUUCACUUCUGGCACCACUGGAAUGCCGAAGGCGGCACUUAUGAAGCACUUUGGUUUCGUCAACAAUGGCAUUCACAUUGGCAACCGAAAUGAAUUGUACCAGAAAAGACUCUGCAUGCAAGUGCCUUUCUUUCACGCCUUCGGAACUGUUAUCACUGUAAUGGCUUGCUUAUCACACAAGGCAACGAUUGUCAUACCGGCGACUAUGUACAACCCAGAAAAAUCUCUCCGCGCUAUUAGAGACGAGCAGUGUUCAGUGAUCUACGGAACUCCCACGAUGUACGUGGAUUUGGUGAACAAGCAAAGGGAAAUGAACUUGGAAUUGAAGGCAGAAAUAGCCGUUACCGGUGGUGCUCUGUGUUCACCGCAGCUCUUCAAGGAUAUGAAAAAGGAAUUGGGACUGAAGAAAGUAAAGACCGUUUUUGGAAUGACUGAAAACACCGCAGUGAGUUUCAACACACUAUACGAGGACACAGACGAGCAGAUCCUGGAAACGGUGGGACACGUUCAAGACCACAUUGAAGUGAAGGUGAUCGACGCUGAGGGAAACUUGGUUCCCUUCGGUACGCCCGGCGAGUUGUGUGUGCGCGGCUACUUCACAAUGUUGCGCUACUGGGACGAGGAGCAGAAGACCAGCGAAGCGCUUGUCGAUGGAUGGCUGCACACAGGCGACCAGUUCGUCCUGCAGGCGGACGGAUACGGGAGAAUCGUGGGCAGACUCAAGGAGAUGAUCAUCCGCGGCGGCGAGAACAUCUUCCCCAAGGAGAUCGAGAACUUCCUUGCCACGUGUCCGCAGAUCGCCGAGGCACACAUCGUCGGCGUCCCGGACGAGCGUCUGGGCGAGGAAAUGUGCGCUUUUGUGCGUCUCCGCAGUGGCAGCGAAAUUUUCACACCCGACGACAUCAGAGCGUAUUGCAAAGGCAAGAUUUCUUUCUUCAAGAUUCCGCGCUAUAUUGAAAUCGUAACAGAAUUUCCAAAGACUCUCUCAGGAAAGAUUCAGAAAUUCAAACUCCAAGAACAAUUCAAGGUGAAGAGUAAAAAUUAG